CCUGUAAUAAUUGUGUAUCCACCUUUUCACUCGGCAGUUGGAUGUAUCGGAUCACUGAGCCACGGAUAAAACAGUCCCGCACGCACAUCUACAAGGAAGGAGCCAUUCAGCAGAUUAUAGAGCAAAAAGGAAAAUAUAGUCAAAAACACAAGGCUAACAUAGAUCGUAUUCAGGGUGGUAAGCAAUCCAGCUAA